AAGAAGAGAAGAGAAGAAGAGAAGAAAAGAAGGAAAGGAAGUGAAACCCCGAGAAAAGAAAGAAAGAAAGAAAGAAAAAAGAAAAAAGAUUGUGAGGAAAAGAAGAAGGAAAAGGAAGAGGAGGAGGAAGAAGAAGAAGAAGAAGAA